UAAUUCCAUUAUUUAGAAAAAAACAAAAAUCCUUAAAACUAAAAAAAAAUUGUAUCAAGUAAUCAGUUUGUAAUCACAGUAUCAAAAUGGCGGAUAUAAAAAAGAAGAACCUCUUGUUAUUCUUUGACCGUCCUACUGAGCCAUGCUUCAUGCAAAAAGGAGAAGAGAAAGUUGUCUUCGACAUUCCGGAUCACUACUAUCCGGAAAAAUACAAGGCCCUGUCGAGUAGUCUUUCUAAUAGAUUCGGUAACGAUGCGAAGCGAACUAUUCCAAUUAGAAACAUCGCCUUGCCGAACCUAAACUUCGCAAAACAACUCCCCUACAACGACCAGUUCUCCGUCUUCUUGCCCACACAUAGACAGAUGGCUGGCAGAUUGAUUGAUAUAUUUCUGGGAAUGCGUGACAUUGACGAUUUGACUUCCAUAUUAUCUUACUGCCAGCUUCAUAUCAACCCUUACAUGUUUAACUACUGCCUCUCCGUUGCGUUACUUCACAGAGAUGACACCAAAGGCAUGAAUAUUCCAACUCUUACGGAGACGUUCCCCGAUAAAUUCAUGGACCCAAAAGUAUUCCGACAAGCUCGACAAUCGACGAAUGUUGUAAAAAAAGGCCCGAGGUUACCAGUAACAAUACCGCAAAACUUGACGGCGUCAGAUCAAGAGCCGGAGCAGCGUGUGGCGUAUUUCCGUGAGGACAUCGCGAUCAACCUCCAUCAUUGGCAUUGGCAUCUCGUCUAUCCCUUCGACCUAUCAACUGGGGGUAUAGUUGACAAAGAUAGGCGUGGAGAGCUCUUCUACUACAUGCAUCAACAAAUUGUAGCAAGAUACAAUAUUGAACGUUUCUGCAACGACCUACCUCGGGUAGUCAUGUUUAAGGACUUAAGAGCACCCAUUGAGGAGGCAUAUUUCCCUAAACUGGACUCGAAGGUUGCCAGUCGUGCUUGGCCGCCAAGAUUUCCAGGAUCUGUUAUAGUCGAUUUGGAUAGACCAGUAGAACAAAUCAAAAUUGAAGUCUCAGAAAUGGAGAGAUGGAGAGAUUGUAUUAUACAAGCUAUUGAAGAAAAUGCAGUGCUUUUGCCAGGAACUUCUGGUCGUAAAAUGCCGUUAAACCCUGAAACUGGCAUCGAUAUCUUGGGCAACAUCAUGGAGUCUUCCAUCCUCAGCGUCAACAGAGGCUACUACGGCGAUUACCACAACAUGGGGCAUGUGUUCAUCUCAUACGUACAUGACCCGGAUCAUCGCAAUUUGGAACGACCAGGAGUAAUAGGCGACUCUGCAACAGCAAUGCGAGAUCCAAUUUUCUACCGCUGGCACGCUCAUAUCGACGACAUCUUCCAGAUGUACAAGAAUAAACUGCCUCCUUACACACGAAACAAUAUUGUGUACGAUAAUAUCAAUGUGACUUCAAUCAAAGUGGAAGGUCCCGCCGGCACCAAUGUCUUCGGAACAUUCUGGGAGCGUAGCACUGUGGAGCUGGGCCGAGGCAUGGACUUCACGCCACGUGGUAGCGUACAGGCUCGUUUCACUCACCUACAGCAUGAAGAGUUCAACUAUGUCAUCGAAGUGAAUAAUAAAAGUGGGAACUACGCCAUGACCACGGUUCGCAUAUUCAUGGCUCCUGUAUUCGAUGACAACGGCAACACAAUGACAUUUGACGUUCAAAGGAAACUCAUGAUCGAGCUCGAUAAAUUCACUCAAAGCUUAAAACAUGGAAUGAACACAAUACGUCGCAGGAGCUUGGAUUCAUCUGUAACCAUUCCUUACGAGCGGUCAUUCCGCAACCAGUUGAACAGGUCAGGCACCGCCGGUGACCAAAGCGUGGCGGAAUUUGACUUCUGCGGCUGUGGUUGGCCGCACCAUAUGCUUUUACCCAAAGGCACUACUAAAGGCUACCCUGUGACCCUCUUCGUUAUGUUAUCUAAUUGGGAUGACGAUAGGAUCUCGCAAGAUUUGGUGGGAACUUGUAAUGACGCUGCAUCGUACUGCGGUAUUCGAGACCGUCGAUACCCUGAUAGGAGACCUAUGGGAUUCCCCUUCGACCGUCCUGGAGCACCUCAUGUUAAAAAUCUGCAAAACUUCAUCACAGAGAACAUGGCUAUCACUGACUGUACGAUACGCUUCACCGAUGAAAUAAGGGAUCGCAAACAAUAAUUUGCAUGUUUAAAAUUCUAUGAUAGCAAUUGUAUUAAUUUAACGGGUCAAUAGAUUUAGUUUAGCUGUGUAAAAUAUUUUGUACAUUUUUUUUAAAAUUUAUAAGACUGAAUUACAUA